AACACCAACACCGAGCACUACAACAAACACAACGCUUUACCUUAGCGCUUGCUUACCGCCACCAUUUUCCGUCAACAUAGCUAAGCCGACACACGUACUACUCUCCACCCGUCAACAUGGCCAGCGAGAAGUCGGAUGUUCAGAAGCAAGAGGCGCAGAUCAAGUCUGCGGACAUGAGUGAGGAGAUGCAGAAUGAGGCGAUCGAAGUUGCACAGCAAGCAAUGGAGCAGUUCACCAUCGAGAAGGACAUUGCGCAGUACAUCAAGAAGGAGUUCGACAACCGCAAGGGCGCAACAUGGCAUUGCAUCGUGGGCAGGAACUUUGGCAGUUUCGUCACUCAUGAAACCAAGCACUUCAUCUACUUCUACCUCGGACACUGCGCCAUCCUCCUGUUCAAGACCCAGUAAGCACCGUCUGGAUUUGAGUACCGUUGGCCGUCUGGAGUUAGCAUUGAAUUUCACGUGCUGCACUGCUGGAACUCUGGGACUUCCUACCCAGACCUAUGUUUAGAGACGUCCUGAUCAUUGUCACAAGCCGGCACGUGAUCGGGAUUGUAACUUUUGUUGAUGAUCAGCGGUUGAGUGUACGCUACGGUACCCGGUUAUUCAGCGGCAUCUAAUGCGGGGAGGUCACGGAGCCCGAAAGCAGUGCUUCUUGUCUGGACACGACGAUCGCGAGUUUCUUUGAGGCAUUGGAAGCCCAUAGCCAGCCAGAAAGGGCGCAAAUACAAACAUUCAUCAAUCACCCA